ACAGUUUAUCGACUGUGCUGCGGGUUCGCAGAUCUCACAGCGUCUGGAUGGUGCACCGAGGCUACUAGCAGGCGGACCCAUAGACCGACCGACCGACGCUCCGUGGAUCCGGAGGAGAGGCGGUCUGGGACGCAUCCGCUUUCCAAGGCACGAAGCAGCAGCAGGCAGCAGCUGUCAUGUGAAUCAGCUGGACGAACGAGGAAGAGGAUAAACAACAACACGACUCCGUCUUUCUAAAUCGAGGUUAUAGCUGGUGAGGUGGCAGGAUGGCGGGAGCAGAGGUGUUCACCCCUGCAAACCCCACCUGCAAGAUAAUGACCUUCAGGCCCACCAUGGAAGAGUUCAAGAACUUCAACCAGUACCUGGUUUAUAUGGAGUCUCAGGGUGCACACCGCGCAGGCCUGGCUAAGGUAAUUCCUCCUAAGGGCUGGAAGCCGCGUCGUACCUACGAUGAUAUAGAUGAUUUGAUGAUUGAUGCUCCCAUUCAGCAGAUGGUGGCUGGUCAAUCAGGGCUCUUCACUCAAUAUAACAUCCAGAAGAAACCUCUUAGUGUGCAGGAGUUCAGGAGAUUAGCAAACAGCGACAUGUACUGUACACCUCGCUAUCUGAAUUAUGAAGACCUUGAAAGGAAAUAUUGGAAGAACCUCACUUUUGUCUCUCCGAUAUAUGGUGCUGACGUCAGUGGCAGUCUCUAUGAUGAGGAUGUAGAGGAGUGGAACAUUGGACACCUGAACUCCAUCUUGGAUGUUAUCGAGGAGGACUGUGGUGUUUCUAUACAGGGGGUCAACACGCCGUAUCUCUACUUUGGUAUGUGGAAGACCACCUUCUCUUGGCACACAGAAGACAUGGACCUGUACAGCAUCAACUAUCUUCACUUUGGAGAGCCCAAGUCCUGGUAUGCCAUCCCUCCUGAGCAUGGGAAGAGACUGGAGCGUCUGGCUACAGGUUUUUUUCCCAACAGCUUCAAGGGGUGUGAAGCUUUUCUUCGUCACAAGAUGACUCUAAUCUCCCCUUCCAUACUGAAGAAGUAUGGCAUUCCCUUUGAUAAGAUUACUCAGGAAGCUGGAGAGUUCAUGAUCACUUUCCCUUAUGGUUACCAUGCUGGAUUUAAUCAUGGGUUCAACUGUGCGGAGUCAACGAACUUUGCCACUGUGCGCUGGAUAGACUAUGGCAAAAUGGCCACACAGUGCACGUGUAGCAAGGACAUGGUAAAGAUAUCCAUGGAACCCUUUGUGAAGCGUUUUCAGCCUGACCGCUAUGCUAACUGGAUGCUGGGCAAAGAUUCAACGCCUAUUGACCACACGCUUGCUACUCCCAGUACAACACCGGAGCUGCAGAGCUGGUUGCACAGGCGCCACAAGACCAAGUCUGCUAAUAAAGGCAGCAGCCACUCUCGUAUGCGUUCCAAGCGUCUCAGAACCACAGAAGAGCCUGUUGGCCUGGAUGGCAGCUCAGCGUUGAGCAACGGCAAGAGGAAAGGUCUGGGUGGUCCACCUGGGCCUAAGGUGCGAAGGUCUGCGGCAGGGACAACUUGUAGGGAAGAAGAGAAAGAGACGAAAAAGGAAGCUGAGUCAAAGCACAACCAGAAUCAAAACCCUGUUCAGCUUUCUGGUCCUUGCAGACAGAUGUGUGUGGUCAAGGUGAAUCGUGUAGAGAGUAAAAGUUUGGCGCUUCCUAAUAAGGAGUCAUCCCAUAACUCUCACUCCAGCUCCCCUGCUUCACCAGUGGUAACUGACCUGAAGGCAGAAGCAGUCACUCAAGCUGACCCUCAAUACCUCUCAGGGCCAGGGGUCACAAGCAGGACUCCUGAAGGACUUACACCAGUGCCUGAGGCUAAUCAGAUGCAUCUGGAAACUGAGUCAAAAUGUUGCUCUUCUGAACCAAGAGACCUCUCAACUUGUAAAGACUGCUCGAUCAGGAUCCCUCCCCUUGAAGCCAGCAAACUCAGUUCAUCUUUCCACACACAAACUUCUGCUGAGACUGUGAUGGGCUUGUGUCCCCCUGACUCAAACACUCAGACAUCUAGUUCCUCAUGUAGGGAAGACACUUUAAACCUAGCAUCCAACACUGACUGCAGCAUGGACACAGGUACAGAGAAUUACACUAAUAACGCUAUUAAAGCAGAGAAAAUUGACAUAGUUGUUGAUCCAAAACAUAUCAGUCCACACUCCACUACAGAAGCACUUUAUGAUCUCAAAAGAGAGCCAGUAGAGGGGGAUAGUUCCACGUCUUGUGGGACUUUCUCCCAAUCACAAGGCAAUCGCAGUUUAGCAAAAAGUAACACUGAGGAGAAUCUUUUCCCUCCUCUUCUACAGAGGAAUGCAGUGGAAAUGCCACAACUCACUCCAGAGCCAGAUGAUCAGGUUGGCAUUUGCCCUUUGCCUCCUGUACUGACCCAAGAGAUGCCCUCCCUCACCCCUGCUGAUGACGGACUAACGGAUUUUCCGAAAACUAGCUUGUGCAGUCACCAGAUUGCACCUGUGCUUCAGAGGGAGACGCCAACUGGCUCCCCAUCCACACAUGGAGCCAAAGAGAAAGAGACUGAUUUAAUGAUGUCAGCAGAACCUUGUGCAGUAGAGCAUGCCAACAACUGGCAUUUAGAUUUUUCUCAUAAUUGUGAGGGGGCAACAGUGUCUGGUUUAGAGGGAAACACGGCCCAUUUAACUGCCAGUGGUAUGCACAAAAUAACAUCUGGCGGUGUCCACGAAAUGCUAAUAAUGCCUGAAGUUAAAGCAGAAAGGGAUCCUGCAAAGCUGGAAAAUCUUAUUCCUGGGCAGUGUGAUGCUUCCCCUGGCCAGCUAGUUCAGAGCACAACACCUCAGAGAGAGCAGCAGCUCAACUUGCAAGAGUUUGCAAGUAAAGAUAACUCCAAAGAUCCACCUAGAAAAGAUAGAGCAUUAAGUCUGAACAGUGCUGGCUUUCUGUUAACUGGUACCUCAAAUAGUAAUCUUCUAGCCACUGCACCACCAUUAUGCACUCAAAGUGACAGCCACUCAGCAUUACAACCCCACCACCACAAAACAUACUCCCCUUCCCAUUGUACUUCCCAGAACCAAUACAUGGAGCCCAAAACCUUCUCCAGUAGCAUCUGGAAAAACCUCAAUUCACAGAGUCCUGCAGUCCUCAUUCAGAGUUUGCACCCAGAGCUCCCUUCUGACUUCACCCAUGACCCUCUACCUUACACUAUGUGGACUGAACCUCAAUGCAAAGAGGUCACAGACCUCGAAGACCCAGAACAAGACCUCCGUGUGUCAGAGAACCAGGGAGAGGAGGGUGGGGCUCUGACCUGGGCCCAGCUUGAGCCCACAUCAUUAGUUUCAGUUGGUGCUAUUGAGCCACUGGGGCUUUGUGGAGAUUAUGAGCUGCAAAGAGAUGAAGUGAAUGGGAGUGAAGCCCUGUCCCUGUGCAGGGAGCUGGGGAGGCAAAGGGAAGCGGAGGAGAAUCUGCACUCAGAAAGUGCUGUUUCACCUCUCAGGAUGGGAGAUGAAGAACAGGAUGGGGUAUCUGAUACGGAAGAAGGGGGAUCUGAUGGUGAAGAGGCAGAGCAGCAAAGUAGUGCCAAGGGAGAAAGCAGUAGUGACUCAUCUGAUGAAGAAGAAGAAGAAGAAGAAGAGGAGGAAAAUGAUACAAGUAAUUAUGAGUGCGAUGAAUCAGGCCUGGAACCCGGGGAGGUUUGUGCUUACCCUGCUUUGUCAGUGAAGAGGACCACUAAGAGCUGGCGUCACCCACUCAGGAAACCCACUGCGAGGGCUGUACCCACUGCUGUCAAACAACAGGCCGUCAGUGACGAUGAGCCCCCUGAAGCAAGCCUGGCAGAGGAGGAGGAGGAGCAGGAAAUGGAAGCCUGGGCAAAGCCCCUCAUCUACCUGUGGCAGAACAAAAAGAGCUGCUUCUCAGCAGAGAGGGAGUACAACGCUCAUGCAGCCAACAUGCAGCCACACUGUGCUGUGUGCACACUCUUCAUGCCCUAUUAUCAGGCUGAAGACAAAGCAGAGGACAACAAGCCUGUCAUAGCUGAGGACAGCUCCACAUCUUCUUCUCCAAUGGAAGGACCCGCUCCUCCCUUUAGAGCGUUGAGGAGGACCAAGCCCCUUGUCCCAGAAAUCUGCUUUUCUUUCCGCGAACAAAACUGCCCCCCAACUCCUACUAACCCUCUGCUGCAGGAAGACGGCACCUCCCCUCUGCUCUACUGUCAGGGCUGUUGCCUGCAGGUCCAUGCAAGUUGUUAUGGUGUUGCUGCAGAGAACAUCACUGAGCAAUGGUCAUGUGAUCGGUGUAUGGAAGGAAGCUUUACAGCAGAAUGCUGUCUGUGUAACCUCAGAGGUGGAGCUCUGAAGAAAACCCAAAACGACAAAUGGGCCCACGUGAUGUGUGCAGUAGCGCUGCCGGAGGUGAGGUUCAGCGAUGAAGCCAAGAGGAGUCCCAUUGACACCAGCAGGAUCCCCAUGCAGCGAUAUAAACUGAAGUGCAUCUAUUGUCGUAAACGCUGCACGGGGAAGCGGCAGGCAGGGGCUUGUAUCCAGUGCUCAUGUGGCCGGUGUCCCACCUCCUUUCAUGUGACCUGUGCCCAUGCUGCCGGUGUAAUCAUGGAGCCUGAUGAUUGGCCGUAUGUCGUAUCAAUCACCUGCCAUAGACACCAGUCACGGAGUUCGUCAGCUAAGCAGCGGCCGUGCCAAGCUUCCAUCUCGCUGGGCCAGACGGUGAUCUCCAAACACAAGAACCUGCGCUACUACAGCUCCAAGGUCACCCAGAUCACCUCCCAGACGUUCUACGAGGUCAUGUUUGAUGAUGGCUCCUUCUCUAACGAUACCUACCCCGAGGAUAUAGUGAGUAGAGAUUGUGUGAACCUAGGUCCUCCUGAAGUGGGUGAAGUUGUUCAAGUGAAAUGGCCUGAUGGGCUGUUCUAUGGUGCCAAAUACCUGGGAUCCAGUGUCUCCUACAUGUACCAGGUGGAGUUUGAAGACGGCUCUCAGGUGCUGGCAAAAAGGGAAGACGUCUAUACUUUAGAUGAAGACCUGCCUAAAAAGGUGAAGCGUAGACUUUCAACGGCCUCAAGCAUGCGUUUCCAGGAUGCUUUCUUCACCACGCAGGGGGAGAGGAAACGACAGAGAACACCAAAUUCACGCUUCCAGAAAGACUAUGUGGCCCUGCCAGGCCUCCGUACAACUGCCAAAAGCACAUGGGAGCAACGCGGCCACAAAGGGAAAUAAAUUUCAAGGAGAAGGAGCAAUGACAGAUGAAUGCACUGAAUUAGCAGUGGAUGUAGACGCGAGGUUGUUUGUGUGAGUGUAUGUGUGAGUAUGAUUGUAAGUUUUUGGACUCUGCUUCCAUCUUAAUGUUUGCCCACAUAGCUUCCCUGUGAAAAGAACAGAGGAAACAGUGUUGUGGGUGAGGUGGAUGUUGACUUGUGUGUGCUUGUACAUUAUACAUCAGUGAUUGGGUGGUGUGAGAGACAGGAGAGGAAUCCUGAUUGGACAGUUGGACUCGUACAGAGUGGGUUAACGGAGGGCGUCGUUGCCUCAGUUGCCUCGUGCUUUCACAUCAGUCAGGGAAAAUACACGUGACUUACAACUGUCACAUCACCCUUUUUGAAGUAAACAAUUUUUUCUUUGUACAUGAAAAAUUCAGAAGUGAGAUUUUUCUAAAUAGUCUGCCUAUGGUAGCUUCUUUGGGGAGGGUGGGUUCUGUCAUUUCCAAGUUUUAAUUUUGAAUGUUUCUGUACUUUGCUUGUAGUAUUUUUCCUCAUGUCAUACCAUUUCUCCCCGCAUGUUCACCAUUCUCUCCUAACCGCUUCUGCUGGGCUUGAGUCCAAUUACAGUACAAUGGCUUCCUCUCUGCAUGAACUAAAAUAUGUGAAUUCCGUAAGUUAUCAUUCAAAAGAAAAAGGACUCGCCACAUGUUAAUCACUUCCCCUGGGAAGAUAUUCAGAUAGGAAGCCAUGCCUUUGUGUUGGAUUUUGUGUCUUUUUAAUGUGAAAUGCUACUGUUGCUCCAUUGAAUGAAACACAUUGUUGAAAUUAUUUAAAAUUUGUAUUUAUUUUUGGCUUGCUAUAGUUAAGCUAUUGCUAACUGCUGUAAGAAAAACAAUAAAAAAUUAAAUAUU